GGCGCCGAGGGGGCGGGCGGAGCGUGCCGGAAAGCGCGAGGGGCCGGGUUGGGAGAAAGGAAAGGGACGGAGCGGCCGGGACGGGUGAAACAAAGCCGCUGUUACACUGCCGGUGAGGAAGGGAGGAAAGAAGGAAGGAAGGAAAGGAAGAAAGAAGGGCGUUCUGAACGUUCCCGCUGAGAAGCGGCCGGCCGGGCCCGCAGCGGAGGCCGUGAGGUGACCGUGCAGCGCUGACGUUUCGGGAUGGCCGGUGCCUCUUCUGCAGAGCUGGAUUCCCUUGGGAAGAGCAUGGAAAUCUGAGGCUCCUGCCCGUUAAACAGUGGAUUCAGUGCCUUGGAGGUGCUGCACAUGCUGGAUCUGCCUGGCUCCCUGAUGUGUCCCGGCAUGGCAGCUAGGUGACAGUGGUUGAGGAUGACCCUGACUGAAAAGCUGCGUGAGAGGAUAUCGCGGGCCUUCUACAACCACGGGCUGCUGUGUGCUUCCUACCCCAUCCCCAUCAUCCUCUUCACUGGCCUCUGCAUUUUGGCCUGCUGCUACCCGCUGCUUAAGCUGCCCUUACCUGGAACAGGACCUGUGGAGUUCAGCACCCCAGUGAAGGAUUACUUUCCACCCUCCCCAGAUGUGGUCUCACAGCAGGGAGAUCUCAGCGAGCGCCCUGACUGGUAUGUUGGUGCUCCCGUGGCCUACAUCCAGCAGAUCUUUGUGAAAGCCACCGUCUCCCCAUGGCAGAAGAACUUCCUUGCUGUUGAUGUCUUUCGUUCGCCGCUGUCCCGCGUCUUCCAGCUGGUGGAGGAGAUUCGGAACCAUGCCCUGAGAGACAGCUCUGGUGUCAAAAGCCUGGAGGAGGUUUGCCUUCAGGUAACAGACCUUCUUCCUGGCCUCAAGAAGCUGCGAAAUCUGCUCCCCGAACACGGCUGUCUGUUGCUGUCUCCAGGGAACUUCUGGCAGAAUGAUCGAGAGCGAUUCAACGCUGACCCAGAUAUCAUCAAAACCAUCCACCAGCACGAACCAAAGGCUCUGCAGACGUCAGCUACUCUCAAAGAUCUGUUGUUUGGACUCCCUGGGAAAUACAGUGGGGUGAACCUGUACAACAGGAAGCGAGUGGUGUCGUACACUGUCACACUGGGUCUCCAACGAUAUGACUCCAGGUUCCUCAGCAGCCUCCGUUCUCGCCUCAAGCUGCUGCAUCCCAGUCCGAACUGCACGCUGCGGGAGGACAGCAUCGUUCACGUGCACUUCAAGGAGGAGAUUGGCAUUGCUGAGCUCAUACCCCUCGUCACCACCUACAUUAUACUCUUCGCUUACAUCUACUUCUCCACACGGAAGAUUGACAUGGUGAAAUCGAAAUGGGGUCUGGCUCUGGCAGCUGUUGUGACAGUGCUCAGCUCUCUGCUUAUGUCAGUCGGGCUGUGCACACUGUUUGGUUUGACACCUACUCUUAAUGGAGGUUCUGUUCCUGUAUCCUUUAGAGAGAUAUUUCCAUACUUGGUUGUUGUCAUUGGCCUGGAGAACGUGUUGGUUCUCACCAAGUCUGUUGUCUCUACGCCCGUUGACCUGGAAGUGAAGCUCCGCAUUGCCCAAGGUUUGAGCAAUGAAAGCUGGUCAAUUAUGAAGAAUAUGGCCACAGAGCUUGGGAUCAUCCUGAUCGGGUAUUUCACCCUUGUCCCGGCCAUCCAGGAGUUCUGCCUCUUCGCAGUGGUCGGCCUGGUGUCUGACUUCUUUCUGCAGAUGCUCUUCUUCACUACGGUGCUGUCCAUCGACAUUCGCCGCAUGGAGCUCGCCGACCUGAACAAACGGUUGCCAGCAGAGGCCUGCCUGCCCCCAGCAAAGCCCGCCAGCCGCUCGCAGCGCUACGAGAGGCAGCCAGCAGUGCGGCCUGCAACCCCACACACCAUCACACUGCAGCCAUCAUCCUUCAGGAAUCUGCGACUGCCAAAGAGGCUGAGGGUCAUCUACUUCUUUGCCAGGACCCGCCUGGCCCAGAGACUCAUCAUGGCUGGGACAGUGAUCUGGAUUGGAAUCCUGGUUUAUACGGAUCCUGCUGGUCUCCGCACCUACCUCACAUCGCAGGUCACUGAACAGAGCCCUCUGGGUGAAGCAGGCCUGCCUCCUAUGCCCGUUCCUGGAGGGGUCCUUCCUGCUGGAGACCCCAAGAUUGAUCUCUCUGUCUUCCCAUCGGACCCCAUACAGCUGUCAGAGAACCAAACCCAGCAGCGCGAGCAGCAGGCGGGGUUGGAGCCCCUGGGCAGGCUGGAGACAAACCAGCACAGUUGGGCCCAAGGACCAGAGGGCAGAGGGAACGGGCAAACAGAGCUGGGAACUGAAGCAGAGGUCACCUGGGGAGCAGAGGAUGAAGAGAUUUGGAGGAAGCUUUCCUUCAGACACUGGCCAUCCCUUUUCAGCUAUUACAACAUCACUCUGGCCAAGAGGUACAUCAGCAUCCUUCCGGCUAUCCCAGUCACGCUGUACCUGAACCCACAGGAGGCCUUGGAAGUGCGGCACCCCCAGGAGGCCAACCGCUACCACCCCUUCUUGUCCUCCAGUGGUGGGAAGUUGAAUGCUGAAGCUCAGCCUGACCAGACAUCAUCCAGGCUGCAAGGGCACCGGGAUGUCACCCUUUACAAGGUGGCUGCGCUGGGCCUGGCCUCGGGCAUUCUCCUGGUCCUGCUGCUCUUCUGCCUCUACCGGCUGUUGUGCCCCAAGAACUACGGGCAGAACGGGCUCUCACACAGCAGGAGGAGGAGGGGGGACCUGCCCUGUGAUGACUAUGGUUACUCCCCACCCGAGACUGAGAUCGUCCCCCUGGUUCUCAGGGGUCACCUCAUGGACAUUGAAUGUCUGGCUAGUGAUGGGAUGCUGCUCGUCAGCUGCUGCCUGGUGGGACAGAUCCGUGUGUGGGAUGCUCAGACUGGAGACUGCCUCACUGUCAUCCCCAAGCCCAGGUUACGAAGAGACAGCAGUGGCAUUUUUGACUACCAGGAAAGCUGGGAUCACAGCCCGGAUGGCAAAACCGGUCUGGACGACUCUUUUGAGAGCAGCCAUCAGCUGAAGAGGAUGCUGAGCCCUCCCCAGCCCCCCCUCUUCUGUGACCAGCCAGACCUCACGUCCCUCAUCGACACCAACUUCUCGGAGCAGGUGAAGGUGGCCGAGUCUGAGCCGCGGCUCCGUGCUGUGGGCGGCCGCCAGAAGGAGGCUGGCUACGACUUCAGCAGCCUGGUUGGGAAGGUGUAUGAGGAGCACAGCACAUCGAACUGCAUGAACUUCGGUGGCCUCUCAGCCCCCCACGGGCAGGCUGGGUUCUGUGUGGGGGGCAGCACUGCCCGCUCCCUGGGCUGCGGCAGCGAGGAGGGCGGCUGCGGCGGCCGCAGGAGGAGCCUGGGGGAUGAGUCCCUGUCGGGGUUUGACAAGUCGUCACCUCUUCCCUCCUGGGGAGGAGACUUUGAGAGCUCUGUCUGGAGCCUGGAUCUGCAGGGGAACCUCAUCGUGGCUGGCCGCAGUAACGGCAAGCUGGAGGUGUGGGAUGCUAUCGAAGGCACUCUGCGCAGCAGUAACGAUGAAAGUCAGUCUGGCAUCACAGCCCUCGUGUUCCUGAACAACAGGAUCGUUGCUGCCCGGCUGAAUGGCUCCUUGGAUUUCUUCUCGCUGGAAACACACACAUCCUUGAACCACCUGCAGUUCCGAGGAGCCCCGAGCAGAAGCAGCAUCCCAUCCUCCCCAUUGUUCAGCAGCAGCGAUGUCAUCGUGUGCCAGCUCACCCACACCGUGUCCUGCGCCCACCAGAAGCCCAUCACAGCACUGAAGGCUGCAGCAGGACGGCUGGUCACGGGCAGCCAGGACCACACGCUGAGGGUGUUCCGCCUGGAGGACUCGUGCUGCCUGUUCACACUGCAGGGCCACUCAGGAGCAAUCACUGCUGUGUACAUAGAUCAGACGAUGGUGCUGGCGAGUGGAGGGCAGGAUGGGGCCAUCUGCCUGUGGGACGUGCUGACGGGCAGCAAAGUGAGCCACAUGUAUGCGCACCGUGGGGACGUCACCUCCCUCACCUGCACCACGUCCUGCGUCAUCAGCAGCGGCCUGGAUGACGUGAUCAGCAUCUGGGACCGCAGCUCAGGGAUCAAACUCUACUCCAUCCAGCAGGAGAUGGGCUGCGGCUCCAGCCUGGGCGUCAUCUCCGACAACCUGCUGGUGACGGGCGGGCAGGGCUGCGUCUCCUUCUGGGACAUCGGCUACGGCGACCUGCUGCAGACCGUCUACCUGGGGAAGAGCAAUGAGUCGCAGCCCGCGCGGCAGAUCCUCGUGCUGGAGAACGCCGCCAUCGUCUGCAACUUCGGCAGCGAGCUCAGCCUGGUCUACGUGCCCUCCGUGCUGGAGAAACUGGACUGAGGAGGGCCGGGUGCUGCAGGCCGGGCGGAUGCGGCGAUGGGACGGACCCGGAUCUGCAGCUGUGCGGGGCUCUGCCGCCUCUGAACUGCUCCGUGUGCAGCGCUCCGUGGCGGCUGCCGGGCUGCACACACACAGCGCUGCGGCGCUCCCUGCGCCGCUCCCGGGCCGCGCGGGGCGGUCAGAGGUCGCUGUGUGCGCUGUUGGAGGCACUGCGCUCCGCUCCGGCGCCCGGCGUGGGACGGGAGCUGCAGGGCUGGUGGCUGCAGCAGGAAACGGUGGUUCCCUGAGCCGGGCAGGCGUUGGGGAAAGCGAAUGAAGGCAGUGGGUGUGUGAGGGCGGAGCCGGGGAGCUCGGGUGUCUGCCUCGCUGCCGCACGGCCACAGCCCCAUUGGCCGCAGUGCUCCGUGGGGCAGCAGAGGCUCCGCGCACUCAGCACAGCGCUCUGCGGCUGCGGGCUCCGUGCUCGGCGUGGCCCCGCGUGCCUUAAGCUGUGCCCGGGCGGCCGUGCGGGGUGCGGGCUGUGCCGCAGCGGUCCCUGCCCUAUUUAUUUAUAUGCUGUAUAUAUUUAUUUAUUCUGGCAGGAGAGUGCGGGAGCCGCCCCAGGCCCCGUCUGCAGCAGCAGCGCCUCCUCCUCCUCCUCGUCCUGGCGCUGGGGGUGAGGGCCGCAGGGCACACCUUCUGCUCGGGGUUACGGCCGUUCCGCAGCGGUUUCUAAUGCUCUUUUCGCUCAAGUAAACGACGCCGAUGUCUGUUCCGCGACCCCCACUGAUUGUAGGGGCAGCGCCGCGGCCCGGGGGCAGCUGCAGGGGGGGAGGUGGGACACAGCCCGGCGCAGCGCCCGCCCCGCACCUCGGGUGGCCUUAAGCGCUGCUGUACGCCCCGUGCUGUACAGCGGGAGCAUUUUUGUAUCGUGUUUUCUAUGUGUACAAAGACCCCUCCAUUAAACAGAACUAACCCCA